AUGACUUUAUUUAGGUCAUUUCCCGUACUUGAACUAGAGUUAACUAAAAGAUAUGGCAAACUAUAUGGACUUUUUAGUGGACAUAUACCGGUACUGACUAUCAAUGAUCCGAAUCUGAUUCGUGUCGUACUAAUCAAAGACUUUCACUUAUUUGCCAAUCGCCGCAAAUUCAAUACYAAACACGAAAUACUGGAUAACAAUGUGUUGUAUGCAAGAGAUGACAACUGGAAGCGAAUGAGAUCCAUAUCGAGUAAUAUAUUUUCAAAUGUCAAACUCAAGACAAUCUAUCCAUUGCUGUCGAGUUGUGUCCACGACUUAAUUGAUAUCCUAAAAGUGUUGGCCAUUAAUGGUCAAGACAUCAAUCUGAAAGAGUUAUGCGGAAACUUGUCGAUGGAUGUGAUAGCCAAGUGUGCUUUUGCCACACAAAUCGAUGCCUAUAAAGAUCAAAACAAUCCGUUUAUCAUAAAUGCACAGAAAAUAUUUCAUCCGAAACUCUAUAAACUGAUUGCCGGCUUUGUCUUUCCCAAAUGUCUGCUAAGAGUGCUAAAUAUUACCACUGUUUUUGAUGAUAAUGCCAAUCGAUUCUUCUUUAGCAUUAGUCGUGAAUUAAUCAAAAAAAGAAGACUAAACUCUGAAAUCCAUAACGAUUUGUUUCAGCUGUUUAUUAAUCAAGAAAACGAAAUCAAUGACCAAAAUAAUGACAAUAAUUGUAAUGAAAAACAAAAUAAAUGUAAAGAAUAUUUGGAUUCCGAUUUGGAUAAAGUGCUGACCAAUAGUGAAAAAUCUAUUAAAACAAAGACAUGUCUAACAGAUACAGAGAUUAUCUCUCAGUCAUGGCUUUUCCUGUUAGCCGGUUAUGAAACGGUGUCGACUUCACUCACUUUUUGUUUAUAUGAGUUGGCACUCAAUGUUGAAGUCCAGGAAAAACUUUACAGUGAAAUUCAAUUAGCCAUUGAUGAAAAUGGACACUUCGAUUAUGAGAACCUCUCGACACUACCCUAUUUGGAUGCCGUUAUUUCCGAAUCAUUGCGUUUGUAUCCGGCGUUUAUUAGGGUCGAGCGCGAAGCCAAACAAGAUUACCAAUUUACCGAUAGCGACAUUAAGCUUAAAGCCGGUCAAUUGAUUCAUGUAUCUAUAUAUGGUGUCCAACAUAACGAAGAGUUCUUUCCCGAAGCAGAGAAGUUCAUACCGGAGCGCUUUCUUCCCGAAAAUAAGCAUAAAAUAGUUCCCUAUUCUUAUCUGCCGUUUGGCGUCGGGCCGCGUAAUUGUGUGGGACUUCGAUUGGCGCUCAUGGAGAUGAAAGUAUGUGUAGCCAAUGUGAUCAACCAGUUUAGGUUAAAUGCCAGUAAACGUACAGACAUACCACCCCGGUAUAUGACUAACACUCACGUUUGUGUAGCUGAGCCCCUAUUUAUUAGUAUUAAGUCAAGAUAA